AUGGAAGCGCCUACCAAACCAACGACAUCGUCACUCUUCGAAGUGUACCUCCGACUACGGCCAUCGUUCGCACCGAAUGCAGAGAGAUUCCUCGACGUCGACGCUGCCGGCGACAAAGCAGCACCCACGCACAUCACAAUCCACCCGCCAGCACUGGAUCAGCGCAGAAAGGCAGUCGAGACAUUCAAGUUCACACGAGUGUUUGGAGAGGAUGCUACACAAUUGGACCUGUUCCACGGCACUGGACUGGACUCGAUGAUGCAGGGCGUGCUGGGCGCCGAGGGCAGAGAAGGCCGUGACGGUCUCUUUGCUACCCUCGGUGUCACUGGCUCUGGCAAGAGUCAUACCAUCCUUGGAUCCCGCUCACAGCGCGGCCUGACACAACUCGCUCUCGACGUGCUCUACCAGAACCUCGGUGAUCAGCUCACCUCGACAAGACGCGAUCGACUCGCUCUCCAAUCGCUCUUCGCAUCCGACGUGUCCGAAGCUCACAUGUCGGCUGCCAACCAAUACCUCGAAUCCAUCUACGGUGAUGGCUUAGACACGCGCGCUCACUCACGAGCACAAUCAAGAGCUGCAACUCCCCUCAUGGUACGACCCGCCUCUCCUACAAAAUCCCCUGCAACGUCUCCUACAAAGUCUCCUUCAAAGCCGGGCCUUUACCCACAUCUCAACCCCCAACAAUCAUGUACCAUCACCCCUUCGUGUAUUGCGUGCUCCCACAAGGGAAACCACCGCCAUUCGUGUGCCAAAGCGCCGCAACAUCCAUCCAUCUUCAGCUUCCUCCAGCGCCCUUUGACAACACAUCAAGCUAAGACGCAGCCGCCAAAGGACGUUUCCUUCGCAUCCAACUCCCGUCCAUCGUCCGCCAUGGCUCCCAGACGCCACAUGCCCAGAGUCUCGACCAUGCCUCAGUUUCCCAUCGUCCAAGGUACCGACCUCGACGUCGACCAGACCGCCGAAUUCGCUAUUGUAGUCAGCAUGUACGAAGUUUACAACGACCGCAUCUUCGACUUGCUCGCCGGAUCAGCAGCAUACCAACCUUCCAAGACAGCAACAGCUAAACGCAGACAUCUCCUGUACAAGAGCACCGAGCACAGUCCUGAUCGUAAGGUCGUCGCUGGUCUGAGGAAGGUUGUUUGUGAAAACCUUGACGAAGCUCUUCUCGUGCUAGAAACAGGUUUGACUGAACGCAGAGUCGCUGGAACAGGGAGCAACGCUGUCAGCAGUAGAAGUCAUGGCUUCUUCUGCGUAGAGGUCAAGAAGAGACUUGCAGGCGCUGCCACCUCAAACUGGUCGAGUAGUGCUUUGACCAUUGUUGAUCUUGCUGGCUCCGAACGUGCUCGUGCUGCAAAGACGGCUGGCUCAACUCUUGCUGAAGCUGGCAAGAUCAACGAAUCCCUCAUGUAUCUCGGCCAAUGCAUGCAGAUGCAAAGCGACAAUGCCGACCCUACCAAAUCCUCCAACAUCGUCCCUUUCCGUCAAUGCAAGCUCACCGAACUGCUCUUCUCGAACUCCUUCCCCUCCUCCUCCUCGUCAGCUCACCAGACUCGAUCGUCCAAGCCGCCGCAAAAGGGUAUCAUGAUUGUCACUGCCGACCCUCUUGGUGACUACAACGCUACAAGUCAGAUCCUCCGCUACUCGGCUUUGGCAAGGGAAGUCACCGUCCCUCGUAUUCCCAGCUACACCAGCACCAUGGUUCCGCUCGCUCGCCCUGGCACCUCUGCGUCUGGUCGUCUCACACCAUCAAAUCCUGCCGCCAACGACGCAGCUCUUGAAUCCGCACUCUCCGAGCUCACUCUCCUCCGCCAAGACCUCGAACUCACACAGAUCCGACUCGAAGAAGAAAUCCAAAGACGCAGAGAAGCAGAGUCAUCAUGGCUAACCGCCGAAACACGCCUCGAAAACCUCGAACUCGAACUCCGCGACGAAAUCUGGGAGGAAUUCGAACAGCAGCUGGAGUCAGAACGUCGUCGUUACCAUGCUGCUAGAGAAGCGGAACAAGAUCACGUAGAAUCACAUCUUGACAAGAAACUCGAAAUUCUCACGCGAGGUCUUGGAGAUGUGCAGGUUUGUGAGGAUGAGGAGGUAGAAGGUGGGGACAAGAUUGCAGAAUUGCAAGAUGAGAAUGCCAGACUCAGAGACAGACUUGCUGCUUUUGAACGCGAAAAGGAGAAUACAAGUCCUGUGAGAAAGAUGAGGGUUUUGAAGCCGAGGAAAUGGGAAGGUAAAGAGGAAUUCGGCGUUGGACUUUUUGGUGGUAGUCCUUGA